AUGUUGAAAGUCAAUGUCGAAGUGCAAGACCUUGAUGACAGAAUCGGUGAAAGUAGUGCUCUUACACGUGGAUUUCACACAGAAGUGUCAAAGAGUAUAAAGGAAGUUGAAGAACUUAUUACUCAACAGGAGAGGGGGAAAUUCGAUACUGUGAUUUGGAUCACUGUAUCCAACGAGACGAGUAUUGCUACUGCAGAAGACGUUGCUAGUAAAAUCGGAGUAGAAUUUUCUGGAGAUGAAGAAACUACAAGGGCAGGGAUGCUCUUUGAAAAUUUGUCUCAGAAGGGUAGGUUUGUGAUGAUCUUGGAUGACCUAUGGGCGAAGGUUUCACUUGAGAGAAUAGGAAUUCCUGAGCUGUCAAAUGGGGGGUGGAACCAAUUGCAAGAUCAAUUGCUAAGCGUUGUGCAGGUUGCCCUUGGGAAUAAUUACUCUAGCUUCUUUUGUGCAUUAUAUCCGGAAGAUUGGGAAAUUGAAGAGGAAGAUCUUAUCCAACUUUGGAUAAGAGAAGGGCUAGUGGAAGAAAUGGAUAGCAUGCAGGCAGAGUAUGACAAUGGUCGCGCAAUAAUGAAUAGAUUCAUCAGCAAUUGCUUGUUGGAAGUUUUUACUGAAGAAGAACAUGCAAGAACUGUAAAGAUGCAUGAUCUUUUAAGGGACAUGGCAUUGCGUAUUGCAGAAUCUCGAUUCUUGGUAAAAGCUGGAAUGAAGUUAGAAAAGGCACCAGAUGUGCAAGAAUGGAGCAUGAAUCUAGAGAAAGUUUCGUUGAUAUGGAAUCAGUGGUAUAUACCCUUGGAAAUGUCACCCCCAAAGUGUCCCAGGCUCACAACAUUGUUGUUGUCUCAGUGCAAUAGUAAGUAUUCCAGAGGAUUUUUCAAGCAUAUGGAUGCACUUAAGGUUCUUGAUCUUUCCUUCAACCCUAUCAAGAGUCUUCCAAGUUCCUUGUCGAAGUGUCUCGGGCUCACAACAUUGUUGUUCUCUGAUUGUUGCAUAGAAAGUAUUCCAGAAAGCUUCUUCGAUGAUAUGAAUGAGCUCAGAUUCUUGAUCUUUCCUCCAAUCCUAUCAAGAUCUUCCGCAUUCUUAUCAAAUUUGAAGAACCUCACUUCACUGUUGCUUGCUGAUGUGAACAAUUAUGGAAUGUUCCAUCGUUGUCAAAUCUUGGAGUUUUAA